UAUAAAUCCGUAGGAAUUAGGAAAAUUUGAUUAGAAUAAUGUCUACCAAUGUUGUUACUCCCGUGUACCCGGUAUCUUGUUUGACAGAUCCAUCAUAUGAUGCAGUUUUGUUACUGAAUGAUGAUAUUGAAAAUUUACCAAGAACUUUACAGCUGGCUUAUAAGUCCUUGAAGGAGUUCUGUGAGGUUAAUCCUAAGUUUUCAGAUGAAAUCAGUGUGAUUCCAUUCCCAGAACAUCCAUCAAAAAGAUUAAUUUUUAGUCCAACUGGUCGGUUAAAUACAGAUGAAGCGGACAUUCGUAGUGUGUAUGAUGCUGCUGUGAAUGGCAUGUUAAAGUUGUUAAACAUAGGUUGUAAAUCACCGCUAUUAUGUUGUGGAUCAUUCAUAUCAGCACCGAAAGAUUCUCAAUGGUCUGAACGUAAUUGUUUAUUACUAAAUGCUGUAUUGGGAGCAUAUCAUGCAUUGUACACACCUCUUGAGGUUCGUGAAAUGCUUCCUGAGAAAUUUCCUAAAGCUAUUCGAUUUGGGGUGAUGGAAGCUAAUGACUCCUUACUAGAUAUCGCUAAAGCUAUUGAAGAAGGACGAACAUUAGCACGAGAUAUUGGUGGUUCGGAUCCUGAACGAAUGGCAGCCCCAAAAAUUGCUGAAUACCUACAAAAUGCUUUAAAUGGUCUUAAAGGUGUUACAAUCACUGUCGAUAAGGUUGAUGCUAAGAAAUACCCAUUAAUGGCAGCGGUAAAUAGAGCAGCAUCAGUUGUACCUCGUCAUGAUGGGAGAGUUGUUCAUAUUGGUUAUAAACCGUCGAAUUCCAAAGAGAUCGAUACAUCAUUAUUUCUUGUCGGUAAAGGUAUCACUUAUGAUACUGGUGGAGCUGAUGUUAAAGCCGGUGGAAUUAUGGCUGGGAUGCAUCGAGAUAAAUGUGGUGCUGCAGCAAUAGCUGGUUUAAUGAAAACUAUUGGAUUACUGCAACCAGACGGUAUAAGUGUUUCAGCAGGUUUGGCAUUUGUGCGAAAUAGUGUUGGAGCUGAAUCAUAUGUUGCCGAUGAAAUAAUCAUUGCACGCUCUGGACAACGUGUACGUAUUGGUAAUACAGAUGCUGAAGGUAGAACGGUUAUGGCUGACUUAUUAUGUGAAGCAAAAGAAAAGGCACUCACAGCUAAGAAUCCAUUUAUAUUUACUAUAGCCACAUUAACUGGACAUUCUAUUCGAGCUUACAAAAACUUCACGGCUUUGAUGGACAAUGGUCCAGCACGAGUUAAAAAGGUAUCAUAUGAAUUACAAAAUUCUGGUGAUCUAAUCUCUGAUAUUGCCGAGAUUUCUACUAUUCGUAAAGAAGAUUAUGCUAUGAACAAGGCUAAAAGUGAAUAUGAAGACCUAGUACAGUGUAAUAAUGUGGCAAGCAGCGGUACACCACGAGGUCAUCAAAUGCCAGCGGCUUUUUUGGUUGUUGCUAGUGGCUUAAAUAAGCAUGGUCUUGAUGCCAAAGUGCAAAUUCCUUACACCAAUGUAGAUGUAGCCGGUAGUGCAGGUGAAAUUAACGUAACACCAACUGCUGCUCCUUUAAUGAUGUUUGCAAGACGAUAUAUUUUACCACGACUAAGUUUUAAGUAACAAUUUGACAAUUAUCCAAUUUCUUCAAUUAUUCUGAAUAUUCUAGUUUAGAUUUAUUCGAAUUUCGUUUAUAUCGCCUUUCUUGUGAUCAUAAAAUAAUGAUUUUUAAUGGUGUAGUUUUUCAAUGGGUAUUUUAUUGUUGAAAAUUGAACAAUGUAAUAAAAUACUGACAUAUUAGUAAUUUACAUUGGUUUUUAUUGCAAAUUACGGUAAAAUUACUUACUUACGACUGUUACUCCCAAUGGAGCAUAGGCCGCCAACCAGCAUUCUCCAACCCACUCUGUCCUGGGCCUUCCUUUCUAGUUCUAUCCAAUUCUUGUUCAUUCUUAUUUCUAUCUCCAUUUCUCGACGUAAUGUGUUCUUUGGUCUUCCUCUUUUUUUUGGCCCUCAGGAUUCCAUGCGAGGGCUUGUCUUGUGACGCAGUUGGGUGCGUUCUUCAAUGUAUGUCCUAUCCAUUUUCAGCAAUUCUUCCUGAUUUUUUCCUCCUCUGGGAUCUGGUUUGUUCUCUCUCAUAGUAGGUUGUUGCUGAUAGUGUCUGGCCAACGGGUCUGAAAGAUUUUGCGUAGACAGUUUUUAAUAAACACUUUCAUCUUCUGGAUGAUGGCUUUCGUAGUUGUCCAAGUUUCCACCCCAUACAGUAGAACUGUCUUGACAUUUGUAUUGAAAAUCCUGACCUUGGUGUUGGUUGACAGUUGCUUUGAGUUCCAGAUGUUCCUCAGUUGUGAAUAUGCUGCUCUUGCUUUACCGAUCCGCGCUUUCACAUCUGCAUCAGAUUCACCAUGUUCAUCAAUGAUGCUGCCCAGAUAUGUAAAGGUUUUUACAUCUUCCAAAUCUUCUCCGUCAAUUGUGAUUGGAUUGGUGCAUUCUGUGUUGUAUCGAAGAAUCCUGCUUUUCCCUUUGUGUAUAUUGAGACCUACUGCUGCUGAGGCUGCUGUCACACUGUUCGUCUUCUCCUGCAUCUGUUGUUGCGUUUGGGAUAGAAGGGCCAGAUCGUCUGCGAAGUCUAGAUCAUCCAACUGCAUCUUAGAUGUCCAUUGUAUCCCGCGCUUCCCUUCAGACGUUGACGUCUUCAUGAUCCAGUCGAUCACCAGGAGAAAGAGAAAGGGUGAGAGUAAACAACCUUGCCUAACACCGGUUUUCACUUCGAACGACUUUGUCAACUGUCCUCCAUGCACAAUUUUGCAGUGUAAUCCAUCAUAUGAGUUCUGUAUGAUAUUGACUAUGUUCUGAGGCACGCCGUAGUGUCGAAGAAGUUUCCAUAGUGUUGUUCUGUCCACGCUAUCAAAUGCCUUUUCGUAGUCAAUGAAGUUGAUGUAGAGUGAUGAAUUCCAUUCAAUUGAUUGUUCCACAAUGAUCCGUAGAGUUGUGAUUUUGUCUGUACACAACCGAUCCUUACGGAAUCCUGCCUGUCGGUCUCGAAGUUGAGAGUCUGCGGAGUCCUUCAUCCUGUUUAACAAUACCCUGUUGAAGACUUUUCCUGGUAUUGAGAGAAGAGUGAUGCCCCUGUAGUUAUCACACUUGCUCAGAUCGCCCUUCUUUGGUAUUUUGACCAGAAGUCCUUCUUUCCAGUCUGUUAGUACUUGUUCCUCAUCCCAAAUCUUAUUGAAGAGAAUGUGGAGUAUCCUUGCAGUUGCCGCUACGUCUGCUUUUAGUGCCUCUGCUGGGAUGUUGUCCGGUCCUGCUGCUUUGCCACUCUUGAUUUGUCUGAUGGCCAUGCUGAUUUCUUCAAUUGUUGGUGGGCCAACAUUGAUUGGGAGGUCCGUG